GCAACCAGCUUGAGCCAUAUGGAGCGAUUGCGGUCACUGUUGUGGUGAAGCCCUGAGGAAACUGUACAAGUAUUCAUACCAGAGGCAGAGCCCUGUAGGCUGUAGCCCACAGGACAUUCAGCCGUGCUCAAGCCCAGCAUCCAAUGCCAAUGGAGUCGGUUGUCGUCGUGGCGGUGCCGUUCCCGGCGCAGGGCCACCUGAACGCACUGCUGCACCUGUCGCUGCAGCUCGCGGCGCGCGGGUUGCCCGUGCACUACGCGGCGCCCGUGGAGCACGUCCGCCAGGCCCGGUCGCGCGUCCACGGCUGGGGCGACGGCACCCUCCGCCGCGUCCACUUCCACGAGCUCCCCAUCUCCGCGUACGCCUCCCCGCCUCCAGACCCCGCCGCCGAAUCGGCCUUCCCCUCCCACCUCGUGCCCCUGUGGGAGGCCUUCGUCGCCGACGCGCCCGCCGCGCUCGCGGCGCUCCUCAGCGGGGUCUCCGCCUCCUGCCACCGCGUCGUCGUCCUGUACGACGUCGCCAACGGGUUCGCCGCUGAAGAGGCCGCGCGGCUGCCCAACGGCGAGGGGUACGGGCUGGUAUGCACCGCGGUGUCGUGCAUGGUCGGGUCGACGGACGCCGGCAGCCGCUACGUCCGCGACCGCGGGCUCCACUUCAUCCCCGUCAACUCCUUUGUGACGGACGAGUUUCUGACUUCCGUUGGCAAGCGCGCGAGAUGGGAGCAGUCCGUACCGUGCAGCGUUGGCAUCCUCGCCAACACGUGCCGCGCUCUCGAGGGCGACUUCAUCGAUGUUUUCGCACAGCAGCUCGCCGACGCCGGCAAGAAACUCUUUGCCGUCGGCCCAUUGAACCCACUGCUGCACGACGCGAAGAGCGCGCCACAGCAGGCGGGAAGCAAGGAGCGGCACGAGUGCCUAGACUGGCUCGACAAGCAGCCGCCGGCAUCGGUGCUCUACGUGUCGUUCGGCUCCAUGUCGUCGCUGCGAGACGAGCAAGUCGAGGAGCUCGCCGCGGCGCUACGCGACAGCAAGCAGAGGUUCAUCUGGGUGCUGCGCGACGCCGACCGGGCCAACAUAUUCGCGGACCACGGCGAGAGCCGGCACGCCAAGUUCCUGCCCGAGUUCGCUGGGCACACCCAAGACAGGGGCAUGGUGAUCACCGGGUGGGCGCCGCAGCUGGAGAUCCUGGCGCACGGCGCCACGGCGUCGUUCCUGAGCCACUGCGGCUGGAACUCGAUCAUGGAGAGCAUGGGACACGGGAAGCCCAUCCUCGCAUGGCCCAUGCACUCGGACCAGCCAUGGGACGCUGAGCUGGUGUGCAAGCACCUCAAGGUGGGCAUCCUAGUCCGCCCGAUGGAGAAGCAAAGGGAGGUGAUUUCGGCAGCGGCCAUACAGGAGGCCAUCGAGAAGAUGAUGGUCUCUGAUGAAGGACACAAGAUCCAGCAGCGUGCAAUGGUGCUGGGCGAGGCUAUCCGUGCGUCGUCAGCAGAAGUAAGCGGUGGGUCAGACUCAGAGAGCAAGGAUCUUGACAAGUUCAUUGCUCACAUCUCAAGGUGAUUUAAUUGGGGAUGCCGGGUUGGCUUGGAUAAUGUCAACAUAUUUCAGUAGAUUUUUUUUUUCCAAUUUCAAUGCGAACACAUGCGAUUCGAUUGUUUUCGAUGAUAACCGGAGCAUCAACUUUAGAGACGGAAACCAUUUUAUUGCCCACAUUCGUUUUAUGCAUUUAUCGGAGUGAGGAAAGACAUCAAUUUGCUCGACCCUGGUUAUAACACGCAUGGGCCAGUUCACAAGCAAUGCUGGCCUUCAAUCAAGUCUGAUUUCUGUAACCUUUGUGAAGCCUUCUAUCAAGCAUUUGCCUUCAGAGCAUCAACUCA